UGCAGAACCCAGGCUCUGCUUCGAGAGAAUGGUUUUUUGUUUCAUAGUUUUUGGUAGUCUUUUCCCAGACGCCCUAACUGGUUUAUAGCGGAAAGGGAUCAUGGUCAAGUGAGCUCUAACCUAGUCUAACGUGUUUUCCAGAGUUUUCCCGACAAGCCCAGAACCUGAAACACUUGGCGCCUCAAAAGGAGAUCCAAGGUUCGCCCAGCCCUCCGGCUGAGUAGGCGGUGAGCUCCGACGGGAAGGAUUGUGGGAGGAGGGGCUCGCGUCUCAGUACGCAUGCUUGGAGAGUUCGGCCGCGGAGUUGGAGGAGCACUUCAACCUCUCUCUCCCAAAGACUUCCGGGGCGGAGAGAAGGCCGGAAGCACACCGAGUGGCGCGUACUUAAUCUCCUUUCUUGGCGGAGCGCUUCACCUCUCGCCUGGUGAACUGAUAAAUGUUUGUGUGGGAUAGCUUAUCUCUGGUCGCACUCCACGGGGCUAGAAUUUGGCCUGGGGGAAAUCUGACCCCAAUGAGCAGGUGGGAGAUAGCUCCCUACGGCAGCUCGUCCAUUUACUCAAGCUCUACUGUUCCCUCUACAGACUGUCGUAACCUUCCUUUUACUGCACACCUUCUCUAGUCGCCUUGUUUUUAUCCCUUUUCAGAGGCAGUUCCUCCCGCCCCGCCCCUCCCUCCUGCAAUUAUGUAUGAUCGGGCUCCCCGCUUGCUCAGAUUGUCUGAAGGUGGCAGCACUGAGGAGCAUGUGGGUCCUGGGUCCUACCAGAUACCUUUCCUGAAGCGGCAGGCAACAGGUGGCUAUGCACCAUUCCUUUCUUUGGCUGCCAGAGACAGUACUUUUACUUUUGCUUCUAACACUGAGAAAGCUGUUCCAGGUCCAGGACACUAUAAUGUUUCAGAAGCACAGUGUAAUAUAAAAGGAGGCCAUAGUCUACAAAACCGGGAGGAGCGUUUUAAGAAGUUUGUUUCAGAUAGUCCAGGACCAGCAAGCUAUGAUCAGUUUUAUCAUGGAGCAUCAGAUAUCAUGAAUAGAAAAGCACUACAGGUUAAAGAGCAUCUUCAAUCAAAGUUUUCAAGGUCACCUACAGUUUCCAGAAGUGUUGAUGUUCCUUCGAUUCCUUCUUGUGGACGAUCAUAUGGAUAUGAUAUUAAUGAGGAUGGCAGUAUUAUAAAACAUUUUCCACCUGCUAGUGACAGCACACUAGGUCCAGCAUACUAUAAACCUCAAUUUGAUUUUGCCAAUGCAACUUUGAAAUAUAAGGGGAUACAUUUUGGCAACUCUUUGGGAAGACUCCAGUUUCCUAUGAAGUCAGGGCCUGGUCCUGGGCAGUAUGAUAUAGUCCAGAAAAAGACACCUCAUUAUGAAAAUAUUAAUAUCAAGAAAGAUCAACAGCAAAAUCAUUGCUCAUAUCUCCCACGAUUUUAUGAAGUAAUAAUACAGCAGGAGGAAAAAAAGGGAGUACCGGGGCCUGGAAAAUAUGACAUUAAAAGUCAAUUUCAGAAGACUGAAAGUAUGAUACCAAGCGUAAAUGAUGCAUCACCUGCUUUUCUUUCUCAGUCCCAGAGAUUUGUACCUAUGAAAUCAAUCACCCCAGCUCCUGGCACAUAUAAUGAAUCUCGAACUGCUUUCAAUUCCUUGAAGAAAACACCAGGACUGAAAAAUACCCCAUUUGGUCAGAGUGCUCCUCGAUUCACACAGGACUCCAGGACAGAGGAAAUGCCAGGUCCUGGGUUUUAUAAUAUCCUAAACAAUACUAUGAUUGACAACAUUAGCAAUACCUACUUGAAGAAAAAAAAGAAAAGUGCAUUUGGUUCUUCUGUUCCUCGGACUCUCUUGCUGGUUCAGAAAAAAGCUUUUACUUCUCCUGGUCCUGCCGAUUAUCAGGUUGGUGGAGUUUCUGAUGAAUUACCUAACUUGACUAACCGAUAUGCUGUUAUUUUGUCAAGACCAGAAAAACCUACUAAACUGUCAGAUAUGGACAUUCCAGCACCUGGCAGCUAUGAUGUUCAAAAAUCAUAUGAGAUGUCCCAAGUUCAACAUAAAUACAUGCCACCUCGUAGUUUUGCGGCUAAGCUGAAACAUACCUCCUUUCUUAGCACAGCUCCUCGGUGCCUGGAGAAAAUGACUGAUGGGCCAGGACCUGCAGCAUACAAUCCUGUUUUAAGGAAAUCUUGCUCCAUACCCUUAUUUGUUAAGGCAUCAAAGCGUUUUAAAGAUUCCAAAGAGAUUACUCCUGGUCCAGCUACAUAUGAGCUCAGUCCAUUUUUAAGACAUUCUGUUCUGAAGAGGACAUUCAAUGUCACUCUACCAAAUCCUUCCUUGGUCAAGAGAGAGAACACUUUUACUACAGGACAAAAACCCAAACAAAAACACGCAGGAAGCAAAGUAAAAUCUUUUAAAUGUCCUGGGCUGCAUACAUCAUCAGAGGAGAAUUUUGAUCACCUGUUUCCAGGCCUUGGUAAAGCAAUUCAGGAUAAAUGUUCCAUAAGGUACCUUGAGACUGAGUUAUGCUUUCCAUUAAUGUUUAUGUGA